AGACACAGACCACAGACAGUGUUUGAGAAUUACGUAGUCUAAUACAUAGUCGAAACUCGCAUAUGUACACCUAAAUUGAGUGAUUUUCAAGAAAUCUAGUAUUUUUCUUGGUAAUUCUCAUAGGUCAAUAUUAUUACUAUGGCUUCUGAAGAUGUGAAAGCGUUUCUCUACGGCUGGUGCGGUAAGCGGAAAGUUACGCCGGAGUACGACGUCAGGCCUACCGGCCCUAAGCAUAGGCAGCGAUUCUUGUGUGAGGUGCGUGUGGAGGGCUUCGAUUACGUGGGGGUGGGGAAUUCUGGUAACAAGAAGGAUUCUCAGUCCAAUGCUGCGAAGGAUUUGGUGCAGUACCUCAUCCGCCAGAGCUUCCUCAAACCCGAUGAAAUUCCUGAAGGGUGCAUGGGUAUUGGAGCCCCAAUGCCGAGCGCCCCGGCACCGAUGGGGCCUCCAGGGGGUGGCUUCUCGCGCCCAGUCUUCCAAGAGGGUAUGGGCCCCAACGAUCUUGGUGAGGCCUACCGGCCAAUCAACCGAGAGCGUCCAGGCUUCAAUUUUGAAGCUCAAAGACAGGCGGAGGCCAGAAGCGUGGAGGAGGCAGAGGAUGUGGACAUGAACGCCAGUAUCCAUGGCAACUGGACUGUCGAGAAUGCCAAGUCUAAGCUGCAUCAGUACAUGCAGAUGAAUCGAAUCCAGGCAGAUUACAAAUAUAAAACAGUUGGGCCUGACCAUAAUAGGAGUUUCCUUGCUGAAAUGGGAUUCUAUGUAAAGGAACUCGGCCGGCACAUCAGCGCGCAUGAAACGGGCUCAAACAAACAAUCUGCGUCCAAGAGCUGCGCCCUCUCUUUGGUCAGGCAGUUGUUCCACUUGGGAGUGAUUGAGCCCUUCAGUGGCACCCUCAAGAAGAACAAAGAUGCUGAUCAAAUGAAGCCGUAUCCAGUUGUUCUAGCCCCAGAUCUCCAGACACAGAUCUAUGAUACUCUCAACGACUUGGGAGUCGCGCCCAUUUCAAUACCAAUGCAGCCUCCUGAAGUACCAGUGUCCCUUGUAAGUGCUCAACACUUGGAUGACCUUUUUCCGCCAGCUAAAACGCAAGUAGCUGGCGUGGUCAGCUGGGCACCGCCAACAUCAAACUGGAAUCCAUGGACUGGAUGCAAUUUCGAAGAAGAAGACCACUUUUUUAAUGCUGACUUGGAGAGAGUGAGCGAAGACCUGGCGCAGACACACAGGGAAAAAGCGCAGAUGGACAACGAGUUUCAAUCAAGGCUGAAGGAGCGCGACGCUCUGCCAGUGUCUGCGCAGCGCCGGACAAUCAUGGAGGCUAUCAACGACAACCCUGUUGUGAUCGUGCGUGGAAAUACUGGCUGCGGCAAGACCACACAAGUGUGCCAGUACAUCCUGGAUGACUAUAUCCAGUCGGGACAAGGUGCCCACUGCAACAUUGUGGUCACUCAACCACGCCGCAUUUCAGCUGUGUCCGUGGCCGACCGAGUUGCUUUUGAGCGUAACGAGCAGCUCGGCAUGAGCACUGGCUAUAGCGUCAGGUUUGAGUCCUGCCUGCCCAGGCCGUUUGGAAGCAUCCUAUUCUGCACUGUUGGUGUGCUCCUAAGAAAGUUGGAGAACGGCCUGCGCGGCGUAUCACAUGUGAUCGUUGAUGAAAUACAUGAGCGAGACGUUAACUCCGACUUCAUUCUCGUCAUUCUGAGGGACAUGGUGCACUCCUUUCCUGACUUGAGGAUCAUCCUUAUGUCAGCUACAAUUGACACUACUCUUUUCAGCAAUUACUUCAACAACUGCCCUGUUGUGGAGGUACCAGGAAGGGCGUAUCCUGUCCAAGAGUACUUCUUGGAAGACACUGUGCGGAUGCUGAACUUUGUACCUUCAGCUGAAUCACGGCGGCGCAGCAAGGAGAAGGAUAAGGAGGAGGGCAUUGGCGAGGAUGAUGAUGAGAACCUGAACAAGCGGGUAUCUGACGAGUACUCAGUACUAGUGCGCAAUUCAAUGGCGCAGAUGAAUGAGAAGGAGAUCAAUUUUGAAUUGAUCGAGAACGUCUUGGACUACAUCAAGGGGCUCAACAUUCCUGGUGCAGUGCUUGUUUUUCUGCCAGGCUGGAAUCUGAUCUUCGCCUUGCUGCGCCACCUGCAGCGUCACCCGACUUAUGGUGGCAGCAAGUACUGCAUAUUGCCUCUACACUCGCAGCUGCCCAGAGAGGAUCAGAGGAGGGUCUUUGACUCAGUCCCUCCCGACGUCAUGAAGAUUAUUUUGUCUACUAACAUUGCCGAGACAUCCAUCACGAUCAAUGAUGUGGUCUUCGUGAUCGACAGCUGCAAAGCCAAGAUGAAGUUGUUCACAUCUCACAACAACAUGACCCACUAUGCCACUGUCUGGGCUUCAAAGUCCAACUUAGAGCAACGCAAAGGACGUGCUGGUCGAGUCCGACCUGGGUUCUGCUUCCACCUUUGCAGCAGGGCGAGAUUUGAAAAACUAGAGGAGCACAUGACACCAGAAAUGUUCAGGACACCUCUGCAUGAACUUGCACUGUCCAUCAAGCUCCUUAGACUAGGCAGCAUCAGUCACUUCCUUAGCAAGGCUCUUGAGCCACCACCUUUGGACGCUGUCAUAGAAGCUCAGGUUCUCCUCAAAGAAAUGAAAUGUUUGGACUCAAAUAACGAACUGACUCCUCUUGGCAAGAUUCUGGCUAAAUUGCCAAUCGAACCAAGGCUAGGAAAAAUGCUUGUUCUUGGCUGCAUGUUCAAGUGUGGUGAUGCCCUGACCACAAUUGCAGCCAAUAGCUCCACAUUCCCUGACGUGUUCAACAUUGGAGUGGACCAAAGACGGCUGACUUACCAGCAAAGGUCGUUCGCAGGCGUUCGCCACUCAGACCACAUCGCCAUGCUGAACGCCUUCCAGUGCUGGGAGGACGCGCGGAUGAAUGGCGAAGAGUCUGAGAUGCGGUAUUGCGACUCGAAAAUGCUGUCUGUGCCCACCCUGCGCGUUACUUGGGAGGCGAAGAACCAGCUGCGUGACCUAAUGAGCAGCAUCGGCUUCCCAGAGGAGACGAUGGUGCCGCAGAUCUACAAUUACACGGGUCCUGACUCAAAACUGGACAUGGUGGUGGCUCUGCUCAGCAUGGGCCUCUAUCCUAACGUGUGCUUCCACAAGGACAAGCGCAAGGUUCUCACCACCGAGUCCAAGGCAGCGCUCAUUCACAAGACUUCAGUCAACUGCCACAACGUUGGACAGGAGUUUCCAUUCCCCUUCUUUGUGUUUGGUGAAAAGGUGCGCACUAGAGCUAUUUCUUGCAAGCAGACGACCAUGGUCAGUCCAGUCUAUCUGCUGCUCUUCGCAGCACGUAAGGUUGAGUUUGUGGACAACGUAAUCAGACUGGACAACUGGAUUAACCUGGAGAUGAAACCAGAAGUGGCCUCUGCAAUCGUCGCUCUGCGUCCGUCGCUAGAAACACUGGUCAUGAAGGCCGCCUCUUGUCCUGAGGGCGUGCUUGAAUUGUCUCCGCAAGAUGAUAAGUUGAUCAACACCAUCAGGAACUUGUGUAAAAUUAACUCCUGCCGCCAUGAAAUGGAACAAGUCUCUAUGUCAGGAUUUGUCUCAAAACGGCCUCCAAGAGGACACAUUUUUGGCUUUGGUCAAGAUGGACCUUCCGCUCCUAAAAUGGCUAGGGGUGGUGGCAACUUUGACAGCAGAGGUGGUGGCUACUUUGACAGCAGAGGCGGUGGCUUCCAGAAUCGUGAAGGUUACGGCGACCGUGGUAACUUCCGUGGAGGUUUCCGGGGUGGUUAUCAAGGAGGUGGCUUCAGAGGAAGAGGUGGAUUCAGAGGAGGUUUCCGGGGAGGAUUUGGAGGUUAUCAAGGAUACAACGGACGAAGAGGUUCAUACUAGAAAACUAAAUUUACUAUGAAUAUUGUAUCACACUCAAAUUCACAAAUAAAAGUUAAAAUGUAAAUAUCGAGCACAA